AACACAGUGAACACCACCUGCAUUUACAAUCAUGACCUCUAGAAAUCCAGCACUACGCAGUCAAGUAAUACAUAUCUACAAAGGUAAUAUCAUCUCCCCUUUCUGAACUCCUCUUUUUAUUUACUUGACAAGACACUUUCAUUGCACGAGUUCUAACGAGUGAAAGAGCUUCUCUACUUGGGGCGUGCCUAUCCCUUGGGCUACGAAUACUUCCGUCAACGCUUACAUAAAGCAUUCAUCAGUAACGCGCGACUGACUUCCGAGGAGGAGAUAGAGAGAGGAAUUGAGCGAGCGGGGUUUGUGAAGAAGGGUAUGUUUUAUUUCAGGUGUUACAUUUCACAUAUUUACAUAUUUCAUACCCAUCCUACCUGUACGUCGUUGAACAUCUGACAUCUGGGCAUCUUGGAACCACCUUCCUAACAAUAAGCAAGAAAAACACUAACAAAAUCCCUAGAAAUCGAAGCAUUGUAAGUUCCAAAUCUCAUCCAUCCACCAGCAAAUCAUCCUUCCAUGUUGAUGAAAACCCCCGCUCUCUCCAGCUCCCACGGGCAAAUCCAGUAAAACCCAGCCGUCAAGGAGUCUCAGAAACCAUCGCAUAUCAUUUCGUUCAAGGGCAAAACAAAAUUACCCGAGAAGAAUUUGCUUCUUAUCGCAACCAAGCUAUGCUCAUUGUUCUCCGUGCGUUGACGCAAAUUCCACGAAAGUAAAGCGGUAGUAACCGACCCUUUUGGUCGAAGCAUCUCGAGAUUUUAACCUAGCUUUUGCAAAUCAUGCCAGAUCAAGCAGCAGCCAUGCUGCCCUCUUACACCUGAACUCUGUACCUCACAUAUUUUUCAUGAACCCCAAUAUUUCCCGAUGGACAUGUCAACAACUCAUUUUCCUCAUAGCCUUUAGCGAAAAAUGUUGGAGGAAAGGAUCAAAAGCUAAUCAUCACAGAUACUACCUCAAAAAAUAUCGGACAAUGCGUCAACGAUAUAACAAACCCUCAUAAUUGCGUCCAAAAUAUCACAUUACCUUGGUGGAACACACCACUAUAACCCACUUUGGGAAUGGCCAUUCCGCAAGGUCUGAUAUACCAUUACCAUGACAUUUCGGAAGCACACCAGAAAAACCCAACCAGUCAAGCACAAAUGAUGGAACAUGCCAGGGGUACACAAAUUAUCACGUCCGCAGCACAAAAAGCGCCAGAUAAGAUGGACCCGAUCCAACAAAAAUCUAUUAAGGAUCAAGAGAUUUCUACCAAAAUCACCUCUUCUUCUUCUUCGCCCACCAGGCCCCAAUCUCCAAACACUCGCCGAAUUCCGUCCCAUUAUUCCCCAACAAAUCCGUCAUGAAAGCCUCCCCCCACCGAUCCCACUCAUCCUGUCCCUUCCCACUCGCUGCCCGCAAAAGAGGCUCCAUGCUCUCAAUGAAAUUCACCAGAGUCAACAGCGCCGUCCUCCUUAUCGCCGCUUGUCCAGGCGUCAAGAUCCUCCGCUCUCCCUCCUUGCCCUUCCCAUUCAUCCCGCCUACGCCUUCCCUCUCCCACCUCACUUCACCUAAUGGGAUGGCCAGUCUCCUCAGGCCGACAUCGAUGAGCUCUUCUUCUUGGAGGAGCAUGGAGGCGGUGUAGGUACAAGGUAUAGAUGUAAGGUUCUUCGCUUCUAGCGCAUUGAUUACGUAACUGUUGAAGUCUAGGAGAUAUUGAUUCUGGGGUUCUGCGAGGGGGGUUUGCGGCUUGAGUUUGUAGACACCCAUGGCAUUAGCAUGAGCCUGGUCCUCAUUUGUAAUUUCAUCCGCGGACUCCGUCUCGGAGGGGACGUCGUGGGGUAAGAGUAAUCGAAUGACAUGAUCUCCAUCCCAGACUUCUACCGUGCCCCCAGGUUUGACAACACGUAUAAACUCAUCCAUGAGAGUGAUUUGUAGCGUUCCCCCCACGGGAGCGCAGAAACUCAUGUCCUUCAUGAAGAUUAAAUCGAACGAGUCGUCCUGGAAGGGCCACGGACAUUUGGUAAUAUCAUGCUGCACGAAACGCCAAUUCAUAUCCUCUUCUGAAUCCAAAGUCAGCGCCAGGGGCGCAAGAUCCAUGCCCGUAAAAGACACAUCAUUCCACCCCUUCUGCGAGAAAUGCCGGUGACACAUGAUACUCCAAAAGCCCGUCCCACAGCCAACAUCCAGCACUUUCUUCGGGGGAUGAUCCCUAAAACUCGGCGAGCAAAGCGGCCCAUUGAAGACCUGACAGAAGACCAUGGUCCUCAGCGUCUGGCGAUGGAUCUCAUGUAGAUCACUGGGCAGCGGAUACGCUGGGUCGCGCAGACAGCGACGCCCAUUGCGUAGCACGAAGGGGUUGGUGAGUAGGACAUCGGCGGGGGCAGCGUCGUGGGACGUCACGGCCGUCAGCAGCCCACUGGAUGCCGUAUUGCUGGAGAUGCUGCUGGACCGACCCACGGCGUCGCUCCGCGUGACGAAGGUAGCCGGCGAUUCGGCUAUGGAGAUGGCAUGUUUGCUUCGCGAGGAGCCACCGGUCGACGAGGAUUUUCGGUUGCUGCCCUGCGCGAGCGCCUGGGUUUGCGAGCGCGCUUUGGACGAUUGGUUGGCGGCGUGCUUGUAAUCAGGGAGAGGCGUCGAUGGAAUAUACAUACGAUCGCGCGCUCCCUUUGAAGGUGUGGUGGUGGAGGUGGAGGUGGUGGUGGUGGGCUGCUCUGUGACCGAGGAGAAGUAGUAGGAAUUGGAGGUGGAAUAGGUCAAUGAUUCUGGCUGCUGCUCGACCGAGUCCGACGUCGAUUUCGAGUUCGAGUUCGACUUCGAGUUCGAGCUGGACUUGGAGGACCGAUGGGAUUUUCGAAAGACGCUGGUGUGUUGCACCGGCUGGGCCUGAGAAUGGACCGAGAUAUUUGUAUGUGCAGAAGGUGCUUUGGAGCGGUCCGGAAUUUGGGUGGUGAAGUUGUAGAAAAAAGCCGCCUCAGACAUAGUGGGCCACAGUUGAAACGCUCCUCAAAUAGCCAACCGGCCCGCAAUUCAGCGUAGCGGUCGCUGAGUCGCUGGGCUGUGCCAGUCAGUCCACUUGCACUCCACCGGAUACUCCACCCACAGGCUGGAACUGGUCGUUGGUCGUGGCUCGCGGCUCGCGGCUCGAGGCUCG